AUGGCUCCGGCUACGCCGCCCGCCGGCGGGGGCGGGAAUAUCAAGGUGGUGGUCAGAGUUCGCCCCUUUAACGGAAGAGAACAUGACCGGAACGCAAAAUGUAUCGUGGAAAUGAAAGACAACCAGACGAUCUUGACACCGCCGACCGACAACAAAGCGGUCAAGGAUCAUGGCCAGAAAGUGUUUGCCUUCGACAGGUCGUACUGGUCCUUCGACAAGAACGCGCCGAACUAUGCGGGGCAGGACAACCUCUUCACAGACAUGGGCAAGCCGCUCCUUGACAAUGCCUUCCAGGGAUAUAACAACUGUAUCUUUGCCUACGGCCAGACCGGUUCCGGGAAGUCGUACUCCAUGAUGGGGUAUGGAAAGGACGCCGGUAUCAUUCCGAACAUUUGCCAGGAUAUGUUUAGGAGAAUUGGGGAGAUGCAACAGGACAAGAACCUGCGCUGCACCGUUGAGGUGUCGUACCUCGAAAUUUACAACGAACGGGUGCGCGAUCUGUUAAACCCGGCAAACAAGGGCAACCUGAAAGUCCGAGAGCACCCUUCCACUGGGCCCUACGUCGAGGAUUUGGCGAAAUUAGUGGUCGGGAGUUUUCAGGAAAUCGAGAAUCUGAUGGAUGAGGGCAACAAAGCCAGAACGGUGGCGGCAACCAACAUGAACGAGACCUCGAGUCGAAGUCACGCCGUGUUUACCCUCAUGUUGACCCAGAAGCGCUUCGACCCCGAGACGAAAAUGGCCAUGGAGAAGGCAGCCAAGAUCAGUCUCGUAGAUCUGGCUGGAUCGGAAAGAGCCACUUCUACCGGCGCAACCGGAGCUCGUCUCAAGGAAGGCGCAGAAAUCAACCGCUCUCUUUCUACCCUCGGCCGUGUCAUCGCGGCAUUGGCGGAUCUUUCCACUGGGGCCAAGAAAAAGAAGGGCGCGGCUGGCCAAGUUCCCUACAGAGAUAGUGUUCUUACAUGGUUAUUGAAGGACUCCCUCGGAGGCAACAGCAUGACAGCCAUGAUCGCCGCCAUCAGUCCGGCGGACAUCAACUACGAUGAAACACUGAGCACGCUGCGGUACGCCGACUCUGCGAAACGCAUCAAGAACCACGCAGUCAUCAACGAAGACGCCAACGCUCGCAUGAUUCGCGAACUCAAGGAGGAAUUGGCCCUCCUCCGCGGCAAACUGGGCGGCGGAGGCGGUGCUGGCGGAGCGCCCGUUCCUGCCGAGGAGGUAUACGCAGAAGGCACGCCUCUAGAACAACAGAUCGUCAGCAUCACGCAGGCCGAUGGCACUAUCAAGAAGGUGUCAAAGGCAGAAAUUGCGGAGCAGCUAGACCAGAGCGAGAAGAUUCUCCAGGACCUCAACCAGACAUGGGAGCAGAAACUGGCCAAAACGGAAGAAAUCCACAAAGAGCGAGAAUCUGCGCUCGAGGAGUUGGGAAUCAGCAUCGAGAAGGGCUUCAUCGGCAUGUCCACGCCCAAAAAGAUGCCUCACUUGGUCAACCUUUCAGACGACCCUCUUCUCGCGGAGUGCCUGGUUUACAAUCUGAAACCCGGUGCGACUACGGUCGGCAACGUCGAGUCGAACGCAGACCACCAGGCGAACAUUCGUCUGAACGGGUCGAGGAUUCUCCACGAGCACUGCGUCUUUGAUAACGCGGCAGAUGGCACGGUUACAGUCGUCCCAAAGGAAGACGCAGCGGUUAUGGUGAACGGAAAACGAGUCACGGAGCCAACGAGACUGCACUCGGGGUACCGCAUUAUUUUGGGCGAUUUCCACAUAUUCAGAUUCAACCAUCCGAUGGAAGCGCGCGCAGAACGGGCGGAAAGGCAAGAGCAGAGUCUCCUACGUCAGUCCAUCACAGCAAGCCAGCUGCAGGCGCUGGAGAGAACAUCACCGUCACCAAGCCCCAGCAGACCGGGGCACGAUAGGAGCCUGAGCACAGCCAUCUCCGACUUCAGUGACAGCCGCCCCGACUCUCCGUUCCUGCGCAAUGGGAAAGAGUCCGAUUGGUCUUUUGCUCGCAGAGAAGCGGCCCCCGCAAUCCUCGGCACGGACCAAAACUUCACCAAGCUGACCGACGAGGAGCUUAAUGCGCUCUUCGAAGACGUCCAGCGGGCCCGGGCGGAGCGCGUCAACGGCCGGGACGGCGACGAAGAUAUGGAGUCGAUGGCCUCAUACCCGAUCAGGGAGAAAUACCUGUCCACCGGCACCAUCGACAACUUCUCGCUCGACACCAUGCUGACCAUGCCGUCCACCCCUAAGCAGGGCGAGACCGAGGACCGGCUGCGCGAGAUGCGCGAGGAGAUGCAGAACCAGUUGGAAAAACAAAAGGACGAAUACCGCGACCAACUUAAGAGCGCCGAAGCGGCGAACGUCGAGGUCGAAGAGAUAAAAAAGGAAAAAGUCCGCAUGGAGGAGACGCUGGUCCAAAUCAAAGCGGACAUGCAAAAGCAACUUGAGGUUCAGCGGCGCGAGUUUGAGGCCAAGAUCGAGAAGCUAGAUCCGCUCAAGCGGCCAAAGGCGAACCCGAAGCUAUCCGAGGACGAGAUCGAGCGGGCCAAGGUCGCCGUGAAGCACUGGCGGAGCCGGCAUUACGUGCGGAUGGCCGAGGCAGUCUUGCAACAUGCUGCCACACUAAAAGAAGCCCAGAUCAUGAGCCACGAGCUGGACGAGCACGUCGUUUUUCAGUUCGCCGUGGUUGAUGUUGGCCACAUGUUGUGCUCGUCUUAUGACAUGGUCCUUAAUGGGCUGACCGGCGAAGGAGACGAUAUCGCACUCGAGGAGGCCCCGAAGCCGUGCAUCGGGGUUCGCGUCAUCGACUACAGGCACGGCGUUGUCCACCUAUGGAGCAUCGAGAAGCUCCUUGACCGAGUUAGGCAGAUGCGGCAGAUGUACCAGUAUCUGGAUCAACCAGACCGAGUCCAAGACUUUACGCUUGACGUCUUCUCUCCCCAUACGUCGCAUGCCAUUGGCAUCAUCAAGCUCGCGCUCGAGCCGUCCAGCGCGCGGGCGCCGUCGAACACGCUGAAGUUUAACAUCGUCAUGCACGAGAUGGUCGGCUUUGCGGAGCGCGAGGGUACCGAGGUGCACGCGCAACUCUUCAUCCCCGGCAUUUCCGAGGACGGCAUCACCACGACGCAGAUGAUCAAGGACUUUGACGAGGGCCCGAUCCGGUUCGAGAGCGUUCAUAGCAUGAGCGUGCCGCUGUUCGCGCCCCCGCAGACGACGCUGCGCGUGGCCAUCUUCGCCAAGGUGUCGGCCAUGCAUCUGGAUAAGCUCCUCAGCUGGGACGAUAUGCGGGACGGCGUCCCUCGCUCGCGGGGGAAGAAGCGCGCCAGGAUAAGCGAGGCGCACUUCUUUACCGAGGAGAAACACGACUUGCUGGCGCGGGUGCAGGUUCUCGAGAUGAACGAGGAGGGCAAGACGCCCGACAUGGGCUCGGUCACUCCGGAUAUUCCACUGAAGCUCGCUGCCGAGCCCUUGUUUCACAUCAACGCGAACGGCACCCGAAGCGUUGUCGUGGUUGGACAGUGGGAUUCCAGCUUACACAAGUCGCUGCUCCUCGACCGGGUCACGGCGGAUAAGUACCGCGUGCAAAUGACCGUGUCGUGGGAGAUCACCUCUGAGAAGCUAGCCGAACCGAUGAAGUUCUCGAUGAAUGUUUGCUGCCAGAUCCUGUCGCGGUCGUUCAUCCGGCAGACGUCCAUGUUCUCGUCACUGUUCCAGCAGGUCCGUAUCGUCCACUCGACCACCGGCAUCUUCACGCUGCAAAUGCGGCCGGCGCCCAUCAAGCGGGUGGGCGAUCUGUGGCGGAUGAACAGCCAACACGACUACGUCAAGGGCGAGGAGAACCUGACCGCCUGGACACCGCGUGGCGUGUCCCUUGUGGCGGACUACAUCAGCUCGCGGAAGAAGCGGCGGAUGAUGGCUGAGAUUGCGGCGGUUCAGACAUUCCUCAAGAAAAUCGGUUUCCAGGAUGAGACCAACGGCGUUGAAGAGCCCGAAGGCGAUGAGCUUCGGCCCCCGCCCAUAAACUCUGAUGCCGACUCCAUUGCGGAGCUCCUCAAGGACGACACACCCGAACCUUCCCCGGUUGCGUCCCCUGAGCCUACGGAGGGUAACGAACAUACCGAGGGCGACGACAUCCCACAACCUUCCGAGACCGCAAACGGAGAACAAAACCCAGCCAUUCCUUCCCCACCUGAGGAACCACAACCCGACCAACAACAAAUCGAUCUCCAAAACCACCAAACCCACCUCCUAACCCGCUGCGUCAACCUCUGGCAGCGCUACCCGGACCCCUCCCUCCAGAUCCUCUCCCCCCGCAACACGGACCCGCCCGAAGACGGCGUGGCCCCACCAUCCGGCGGCAGCGGUGACACGACGGCCUCGUCCCCCUCCGCGUCCGCGCCUGCACCCGCCCCACCGCCGCAGCCGACGUCGAUCGCCACGGUCGUGCGCGUGCCCAAGAACCCGGCCGUGCUCAAGGGCGGCUACCUGCUCGUCCCCAACGCCGACGCCACCCGCUGGGUCAAGCGCUUCGUCGAGCUGCGCCGCCCCUACCUGCAUGUGCACUCGGUGGCGGCGGGUGAGGAGGUCGGGAUUGCGGGGGUGUUUGCUGUCUAUGGGACCGACAAUACCUGGCUGUUUGCGGCGCGCAGCGAGCGCGAUAAGAUGGAUUGGAUCGUCAAAAUUGACCAGAGCUUUGCUAUGGGGAGUGCGGCGCCGAGUGGGAAUCCCACGCGGGCGGGGAGUCCCGGGUUUGGGGGUUGGUGA